AUGGGCACCGUUCACUUUGUUUCGAUCGGAGAGGUUUUGAAUGACAGAUAUGAAAUCAUCAAAGAACUUGGAUCUGGUCAAUACUCGACCGUUUGGUUAGCCAGGGACAGAAGUAGACAUGGAUCCUACAGCGCGAUUAAGAUUCUUCGUGAAGAGAGCGGCCAAAACGAUACAUUCGAGCUAGAGAUCUUGAAACGCCUGAGCGAAGGCAAUCCAGACCAUACUGGCUACCAGCAUAUCACUUGUCUUCUUGAUCAUUUUAUCUACAGCCGCCACCUAUGCCUUGUCCUGGAACCUACAGCAGAAAGUCUGAAAGAUUUUUGCCUCUUUUUUGAGGCUGCUAAAAUUCCUCCUGUUAUCUUGAAACGUAUAACAAAGCAAUUACUUGCCGCGUUAGACUAUGCUCAUUCAUUGGGAAUUAUUCACACUGAUAUCAAACAAGAUAACAUCAUGAUGAAAAUCAGAAAUGAGUCUGUUAUUGAGGAACAUCUCCAAAACCCAGAUGAUAGUCUUGGAGAGCUCAAUUUUGAGAACCGAGAUGCCAUGUCUGAGGUUCAGGUCGUCCUUGGUGACUGGGGGACGGCGAGUUGGGAAUCACGCCAUCUCUCAGAAAAUAUACAACCAGUACUUCUUCGAGCACCGGAGGUCUUACUGCAAGCACCAUGGGGUAAAGAGGUCGAUAUUUGGAAUCUAGGUGCUCUGCUUCCUGAGCUCCUCGAUACGGUGCGAAUGUAUUCCGGUCGAGCUAUCGUUACUGGUGGUGAUUAUCAGAUCAAACACCAUAUUGAGGAAAUCGACGCCCUGUUUGGUCCCUUUCCUUCUCAUCUGCUAAAGGAAGGCAAUCCGGAGGUUAUACAGAGGUUAUUUAAUGAGGACUUACAAAUCAGGGACCCUAUUGAAUGUCCUCCAGCCAUCCUUGACAGAUGGAUCGAAUGUCUUGAUGGGGAGGAAAAGCAGAACUUUCUGUUGCUUCUUCGGGCCAUGAUGGUGAUAGAUCCAAAGAAUCGAAUGACUGCUCAGUCAUUGCAGAACGAGCUUUGGCUUACGAGCUGA